AUGAGCGCGAACAAAGUGAGCGAGGAAUCCCUGAGUUCCUGGGACAAGGCCAAGCCAGCAUUCACCCACAAACCGGCAAGCGGGUUCUACGACCCGUGUCAGGACUUUGCGGAUCGAAGCAUCAAAUGCAUGCGGCGCAAUGGGAACGAUAAGACGAUGUGCAGUGAUUAUUUCCAGGCAUAUCGUGAUUGCAAAAAGGAAUGGAUGACCCAGCGGAAAAAGAGCACCUAG